GCUCUCUGGAGGAGAUGCUGUCGUUAAAACGCUGCUGCUCGGCUUCGGCUCGUACAGACCUCAAAGCUAAUGUUUCUUUGGGGGUUUGAACGGAGGAAUAAUUCAGCACAGCAGGAAGCAGCUUCCAGGACUGUUUUACAGCAGCAGUUCCCAACCUGGGAUAAACAAAAUAUACGUGAUGGGGUCAGAAGAUGAUUAACAGGAGAGGAAGUUGGAAGAUAUACCUUUUUUGCUGUACAAAGGAUGGCUGAACCUCGCUUUAACAAUCCCUAUUUCUGGCCUCCACCUCCUGCUAUGCCUGGCCAGCUGGAUAACCUAGUCUUGAUCAAUAAAAUCAAGGAGCAGCUGAUGGCAGAGAAGAUCAGACCGCCUCAUCUGCCUGCUGCCUCAGCCCCUUCCCAACAGCCCCUACUGGCUCCCCCCAGCCAGGCAGACGGCAUCCAGCACGGCAUGUCCAAAGCCCAGCAGAUGCCGGUUCUCCACAGCCACAGCCCGUCUCAGCCUGACAUCGCCCUGCACGCCCGCCCGGCCUCCAGCUCAGUCACAGGUCGCAUUCUGGGGGAUGUAAAUUUGAAUCUGGACGAUAAGGCAGCUAUAAAAGCCAGAGGAUUAUGGGAAGACUGGCAUCUGCGUCAACUUAUAGACCAUCCUUCCAGGACGAACCACGUCUCAGGUGUGGCGCUGGCAUCCAGAACAGGCAACCUCAACACCUCAGAGAUCAUCACCCCCACCACACCCACCUCAAGCAGCCACAGCCGGCUUGGCGGAGCUCCAACACCUCAUCUCAUCUCAGGGUUAGCCUGUAGCCACGGGAUGGAACCUGGGAAAAACAACGGGGGCCUCGUGGGACUCCUCGGACCGCCUCCAAAGGAGGAGCGAGGGCGCAAGAAGAUCAAAGCGGAGAAUGGGUCUUCUCUUUUGGUGGUGCCCUACCCGAUCCUAGCCUCAGGCAACGACCAGUCCUGUGUCACCAUCACUGCCAAAGAAGGAAAAACCUACAGGUGUAAAGUUUGUCCGCUGACCUUCUUCUCCAAGUCAGACAUGCAGAUUCACUCCAAAACACACACGGAGGCAAAGGCUCACAAGUGUCCUCACUGCACUAAGUCCUUCGCGAACGCAUCGUACCUGGCCCAGCACCUACGCAUACACCUGGGCGUCAAACCUUACCGCUGCUCCUACUGUGAGAAAUCUUUUCGCCAGCUCUCCCAUCUGCAGCAGCACACCAGAAUCCACACAGGCGAUCGGCCCUAUAAAUGCGCCCAUCCAGGCUGUGAAAAAGCUUUUACUCAGCUGUCCAAUCUGCAGUCUCACCAGAGGCAGCACAACAAAGACAAGCCCUUCAAAUGUUCCAACUGUUACCGUGCCUAUUCGGACUCUGCCUCGCUGCAGAUCCACCUGUCUGCACACGCCAUCAAAAACGCCAAGGCAUACUGCUGCAGCAUGUGCGGCAGGGCGUACACCUCGGAGACGUACCUUAUGAAGCACAUGUCAAAACACACAAUGGUGGAGCAUGUGGUGUCCCAUCACUCCCCUCAGCACAGGACAGAGUCUCCCACCAUCCCUAUACGCAUCUCCCUCAUCUGAGCUCCACCCCCGUCUCCUGCCCUCCCAUCAGAGGCGUUUCCUGUGAUAUCUGCGCUCUUCUGACAGACUCUGAACCCACGGACGGGUUCCAAAAAUGUGCCAGAUUGUACAAGUAUCUUGUGAAGAGGUGCUCUCUCGACGAGCGUAUCCUCCUUUCCUUUCUUGCUGACCAGAUAGUAUUAUCGGGGACAUCCAAAGAUGACUUCUCAGCACUUUCAGGCCUGGAAAUGACAGGUCGAAAAAUGUCUUUUUCUGUGUGACUUCACAGGAAAAAAAAAUUGCUCUGGGCAGCUACAUGGAAAAUCUUUUAAACUUUUUGUGUUGCAACAGAUAACGUUCUCUUUUUUUAUACGGUCCUCCACUUUCUUUACUCAAGUCAAAAAAAAAAUUGCAUCAGAAAUAGUCUUCCGGUAGCUGGGUUGCCAAGUGACCAUAAAGGUGAAUGCUUAUAUAAAGUGUAUUCAUGUAUAUUGUGCCACUUUUUAUGUCUGUGUUUGCAAUGUCUCAUUGAUCGCCUGGCCGUAACACACACAUCAAUGAUGUGUCGACAUUUUCGUUACAGUUUAUUUUCAUCCUACUGCCAACAUCACCCCGGCCAGGAUGUGUGACUCAUAAUUAGAUGGCUGGAUAUAUUUUCUUUGACAUUUUGUAAUGUUAUAAAAUGUGAUCAAGGCUGAAAACUGGUCCAUGAAAAGAAAACCCAACAAACCACUCAAAAGCUGAACUGAAACAUUAAUUGAUGCAAUGAAAGGUACUGGUGGCCCCCCUGAAAAUAUAAUUAUUUCUAUUCAUUUAUCUUGUCAAAUUCACCACAAUAUUUAUAAUGACUGUGUUAAUAUUAGGUUGAAUGAUGCACUCACAACCUUUGUAUUUGAUCGCAAAUAAAGAAAUGUUGUAGCAAGACUGAGACGUUACACCAUCACUCUGCUGCUGCAGACACAUCUGUCUGCAGCUCUUGUUGCAGACAGAUGUGUUGCUUUACUGGAAAACAUGAAAGAGUUCUGGGCUUUCAGCUAUAACAUGUAACUGAAGCAUCACACUUCGUCGAAUAGUCUUUUUGUCAUUGUUUUAUGAACGAACACUUUCCAUUUUAUAUGCAUUUAAGCCUUAACUUUGUUACAACUCUGGGGUCUGGGAUCACACUUGUUUUAUCACUUUACAUUUGCCUUUUUUUGUCAUAGCAUGAUAUGUACUGUAAAUAAACUAUAUUAACUGUCAACCUGUUUUAUAAUAAACAAU